AUGUGGCAACGAAGACAACAAAUAGUUGAAAAUGACCAAGGGGCUAUUUUUAUCGACAUGACAUCAAAAUUUGUUACUUUGUUAUGUUAUCGAGACGGAAAAAUUUAUGAUGGGAAAGAAGGUAUAACUUACAACAAGUCUCCGAGUAAAGCUAUUAAAGUUCAAUGUGGAAUACAAUUCAAUGACCUUAUCAAUCAAAUCCAUUUUGCAACAUCAAUUGACAAGCAAAAAUACGGUAUUAAAGUAAUUUGCAGAUAUCCAUCGGUUGUUGGAAAGGUAAUGAAAUAUAUUCCUCUUCCGAUCAAGGACGAUAAUGACGUUGAGAUCAUGUUUGAUGUGCUUAGUCUUCAUCAAGAAUUAAGCAAUAUUGAUCUAUACUUAGAGGUUGACGUCAAUCGAGAUAAAAAUCACCUGAAUAUAACACCCAGAACUCAAGAAUCAGUUUUGAUAGAAGAAGAAAGGAACGCUAUUUUAUUACCUACUGUGAAUAAUAUUGAUGUUGUGUCAGACAUGAUUCACAACAAGGACUUUAACAUAAUUUCUCAAUUUUCCGUUGUGAACAAUGGAAUGAGUAACGGAUUUGACACGGACAAUGAAGGAUAUGAAAGUGGGGAUGAAGAUGAAACUGAUAAUGGAGGAGAUGUAACCGCAGAUGGAGCUAACAUCGAGAAUAAGGAUGAACUUAUUAGAGCUAUUAAGUUUUACACGAUCAGGAAGCAUCGGCAAUAUGAAGUGGUUGAAACAUGUCCAACAAUUUGGAAGAUAAGAUGUAAGUUGUGUUCACAAACUGGUUGUAAGUGGCAAUUGCGUGCAUGUAAACGUAAACGUAGUGGGUAUUUUGAGAUAACACGAUACAUUGGUCUACACACUUGUUUCCAGUAUAGGAUUACUCAAAAUCAUCCAAAUCUGGAUGCGAGCUUGAUCGCCCAAGAAACUGAACACCUUAUUAAGGAACAACCAUCUAUUAGUAUUCCUACCUUGAGAGUUGAAAUAAUUGAUAAAUUAGGAUAUACUCCUUCGUACAGGAAGGUCUGGGUGGGAAAGCAAAAGGCGAUUGAACAUAUAUUUGGAAACUGGGAGGAAUCUUAUAUUCUUUUACCAAAAUUUAUGGUUGCACUUUAA